ACGAUAAUUUGAAAAGCUUUUGCCAGAAGAAUAUACGACAUAGAAAAACAAUAGUUUAUCGUAUGUUUAUUAAAGCAAGCCUUUUGAUAAUCAUUCAUUGGCUAUUUCAAUGUUUGAGGAAAUCGGAAUAGUGUAUAGAUCACCUUUUUUAUCGUAUCAACUAGUUUAGAUUUGCUGGAUAUUUAUUUUUCGAUUGAGCAAAAAUCAUACAGUACUAUCCUGCGGAAUCAUGGUUGAUCAUUAUGGUCUAAUACUCUUACUCUUAGCUUUGCAGAUAGUUUUCAAUGAGGGAUUUACCAUCACGAAAGAAAAAGUUGACUGUCAUGGAAAUCCCGACAAUUGCGGUGAGCCCUGUCCUACUGACACGGAGUUUAAAGAGUACAGAUCGAAACAACAUAGGACUCAAGCAACAGUUCAUCAAAUCAUCCAAAAAAUUACGCCAAAAAAAUUGAAACCAAAUUGUUCGUCUCCUCAUGGGAUUGUAAAAAGGUCAAAUUCGAUUGGUCUAUUCAGAGACUUGCUGAUAAUCCUUGAUUCGUCCGGUAGUCUUGGACCCGGGAACUUUGAAAUUAUAAAACAGUAUAUAGUUGAACGUUUAAGUCUUUUUUGUCCUCUACCAGAUGCUUUCAGUUCAAACAGUCGUGUUGGUUAUAACCGAGCAGCACUUAUUCAGUUUUCUAGUAUUGUGAAGGAAGAAUUUGACUUUGAUGAUAAUAGAAAUAUAUUAGAGAUCAAGGCAGCAAUAAAGUCAGUACCAUAUCUAGGUGGAAUGACUUGUACAGGAGAUGCCUUCUACAAGGCUGUACAGAUGUUUAAUUCAUCGAAAGGCAUGCGUGAAGGUACCAAACAUGAAGUUUUUAUUCUAACUGAUGGAACAGCUAACUGUGGGAAACCUCUGUCUACAGUAUUGCCAGCUUUACAUGCUAAAGCAACUGUAUUUGCAUUAAUAAUUGGAAGCUUUUCGGCAAGUGGCAAGGAAGAACUGUCAUCGUAUGUCAGUAAACCUACAACUGAUCACCUUUUUGCAGUCGACAACUUUCAACAUCUACAAAAACUUUGGAAUUACACUAAAUCUCAGAUAGGUCCACAUCAUCCGUGUAUUUCAUUUGUUCUAUAGAAAAUAAUAAUAGCAUACAAUAGUUAACCACCACGGCUAUUAUAUGUCAACCAAGAUGGCCCUAGAUCAUAUUUGGUAUCCCUAUUUCAUCGUUAUAACGCUUUGUAAUAUAUAAUAUGCAACAAAAGUUUCUGUAAAUUGUUUUGUUUGUGUUUUUUUCUGUACAAGUCAAUAAUAUAUUUCACAUGAAGACACAGCUUCUAAAUUAAGCCAAUGCACAUCCAUACUAGCAUUGACAUAAUACCGUUUUCAAUCAAAGUUCGUUAGAGUUAUUUGAAUCUUUAAAAAAAAACUGAUUAAGAUUUUUCAACUAUGUUUCUUUAUUGAAGUAUCAAAAUGCUUAACGUUUUAUGCAGUAUACACACUUGGACAAUUAAUUUUAGAAAAUAUAAUUGUGACUUUCCUGAACGUCCUCAUGGAUGAUAUAAACUAUGUUAUUAUACAUGUUAUACUUAUAUUUUUUUAACGACUGAUAAUUGGAUAUCGCUUGAUUCAAAUCUCAAUGUUUGGCGAUCAGAUGUGUUGUUUGUUUUUCGUCACUUUCUUUACGUUAAAAUAAUUCCUAGACCUUAUAAAACAAUUUAUUAUUUGUGUAUGAUUUGUAUCUAGAAGUUAAUUUACUACAUACAUCAUGUUCUUGGUGUUUAUAUUCAGUACAACGUUUUUUUAAAUGCAAACAAGAUUUUGUCUAUGUGUUUUCGCUAAAGAUCUGUGAGUUUAUUUUAAUGUCAUAAUACUUACAUAAAUCUUUUUGAAGAACCAUGAAAUGAAGGAGGAACCCCUUCGCAUCUUUGUUAGAAAACUUAAUUUUAUUUUAUGUUAGAGAAAUUGCAUUAAGCUUUUUAAUAAUACAGCUAAAUACAAUUUAUCUAUUAAAGAAAAAAAGAAAAGAAUAUUCACAACUACUUUAAUUUAUCCUGCAAUAAAAAGAAAAGAAAUGAUAUGUUUGUUAUAACUUUAGCAUUCCCUUUUUAUAUCAUAUAUUACACAAUAAAUUUAUAUAAUAAAACUAAGUUUUUAGCUUACUGAAACUACUGUCAAAACUCUUACGGCUAAAAUUUUGGCUGCCAAAGAAUCAAUUCAAUUUAUUCAGCUAAUGUUUUAGACGUUUUAUCAGUUUGAAAAAGCUCUUAUAUUAAAAGUAAUAUGAUAUAAAAUGCUAAAGCUUUAGUUUAAUCUUUUUUUUUGAAUUACAAUUAAUCUAUUUGUAUAUUUGAUCAAGUAAUUCCAUUUCCAACUCAUUUAUACUUCUUAUAAUGUUUUUUUAUACCACUUUAUCCGGUUACUGAAGUUACUUAGUUAAUGAUGAAAAUCGUUUAAAGGAUUGAAAAAACACAUACUCCCUAUAUUUGUUCUGAUUAAUUUCCAAAUCGGAAUUUCCUUAAGGAUUUAUUAAAGCAUACAGGCGGCAUAAUAGGAUGAUCCCUGUUCUUUCCCGUCUUGCAGUGAAACAUACAUGUAGUGGGUUUUUUGUUUGCCUGUAUGUAUAAAAAAUCAGUCACAUCUAAUGAAUCAUGUAUAGAUUGAGUGUCACGCUAUCCGAGGGGUCACUAGUUUGUUUUUUUCAAAGCACCCUAUUGGAACAUAGUCAACAUACCCAUAUUUUCGAAUGGCAGUCGAAAUUUUGUGCUAUUCAAACUAUCAAUUGUAAUGAUAAUCCAUAAAAGAUUUGCCACUGAUUCAAUCACUAAAAAAAAAGGACAGACCUACAUGUUCAUUUAUUAUGUAUAUAUUCUUGGAAUCGAAAACGUAUAGAUUAUACAAUAAUUAAUAAGGCGUCUGCUUUUGUGUGUAUACAUAUAUAAAUGUAUUAUAUA